AUGGUCAUUGCGAUACAGGGACGAUGGUAUCCUCUUUUGCGAGUUCAGUGUCAACCAUGGAGGAGAUUUGAAAGUGGAAUUAGACUGAUAUCAAAUGGUACUGGGUCAGUUGGAUCAAUCGAGCUCACUCGACCGAUAAGUGCUCACCAGUUUGGUAAACAUAUGAGAUCAAUUUUAAAACUGAAAAUUCCUCCUGUAGUAGGGAUUGCAUUGUCUGGGGGUGUAGACUCGAUGGCCCUAGCGUAUUUGGCAAGCAGGUUUUUUGCGAAUUACAACACUCGAAUCGUUGCAUUUACUGUGGAUCAUGGAGCCAGACCGGAGUCUGCAUCAGAGGCUUCAGUUACUGUCAAACGGAACCUGGGUGAUCUGAAUAUAGACCACCAUGUGUUGACCAUUAAAUGGCCCGAGAAUAAAGUUCCGGAAGAGAAGUUCGAGGAAAUGGCUCGUUCCGAACGUCGUAAGACGCUUAUUGAGGCAUGUGAAGAACAUGGAAUCCAGCAUCUCUUACUAGCUCAUACUCUGGAUGAUCAGUUUGAGACGUUUAUAAUGAGACUGUGUAAAGGAAGUUCUAUCUAUGGUCUGGCUGGAAUGAGGGAAAUUACUUAUACAUCUGUUCUUGACAAGCCAGAUGACUGUGAUGAAGGUGUACUACCGGCAGAUCGUGAUUCUGGACAUAGCGGUAAAGGUAGAGGUGUACAUUUCGUACGUCCUCUGUUAACACAUAAUAAACGUGAACUUGAGCAGACCUGUCUCACCAAUAAUAUACAAUGGGUAGAAGACAAAACGAAUCAUGAUCCCACAUUCACAGUCCGUAACUCUAUUCGGACACUAUUUGCAUCCCCCAAUAACCUUCCAUUAGCAUUACAACCAGCUUCACUAACCAAAACAUUGAAAAUUUUGUCAAAAACCCGAUCUGAGAUCGAGAAGGAAGCAGAACAGACUCUAGAAUUUAUGCUUCGUCGAAAGCUCAUUUCAAUCGACCGCAAACUUGGUAUCGCAUACCUGACUGAGUUUGAAGGGUUCAAUAAACUACGCAUUUCUGUCAAAACGUUACUAUUUAUGUAUAUAAUGCGCCAAAUAUCGUCACUCAGUAACCUUGACUAUAAACUGGCGUCUAUCGACUCAUUUGUUCGAACUGUGUCUUCCAAACCAAUCACUAGAUUGGAGAACUUUUAUACUUGUGGACUAAGGGUAUCAGUAUACCCUGAAAAGAAAAAGACAAAAAUCAAUACCACUUCACAUAUAGAGAAAGAGCAGCAGGUGCUGUUUUCUGAGUCCACUGGAACAAGCAUACCAACUGAUAGAAAGAGCGCUGAGACGACUGUUCCCCAACGAUACACAAUCUGGAGAGAGCGAAUUCGCCGGGCCCAUCAGAAUAAAUACAUUGUCAUGCCACUGCCAGAGGAAACUCUUCAGUGGUCAGAAUGGCUGCUUUUCGAUAACCGUUUCUGGAUACGCAUUCGAGCUACCAGCACAGCACCACAGCGGUCUGUCUCAAUCCGACUCCUUUAUGAACUCAGUGACAUUAAAAAAGUCCUCACCGGCCUUCUUGACCUUGAUAAGUCAUAUCGAUGGCCAUUUGAAGCGACACUUGCAUCACAGCCAUUUUUCAUGUAUCACGAUCCUGACACCCCUAAUGAACUGAGUCCCACAAGCUUAAUUGGCUUCCCUACCCUCGGACUCUACGACGCUGAAAAGUCAGGUGUGGAAAUUGAAUGCCGCUUAAAAACGGUUUCUAUCAUUCCCGGUACAGAACUUGGGCUGGAAUCCCAAACAAAUAGAGUAUGA